UUGACACGGAUGGAGAUGGGAGGAAGUCCCCACCCUGAUGGAGACCCGUUGCCUUUCCUACCAAUUCCUGCUAGUCUAGCGAAAAAACUCAACUCAGGAAAAAUGUCGAGUUUGAGUAACCGUAAGAGAAAUGGAGAGAAACAAGCUUUAAUAGAACUCCCGGCAAUAUGCUGGGAUCAGUGGGUUCCGGAGGCAGCACGAGCUAUGGUUUUACAGGGUGCUGAGAUAUUGUUUUACCCAACUGCUAUUGGCUCUGAGCCACAAGAUGAUGGACUAGACUCUUGUGACCACUGGAAGCGAGUGAUGCAGGGGCAUGCUGGUGCAAAUCUGGAAAUAAUUAAGACAGAGCAUGGAAAAAGUGAAAUCACAUUCUAUGGGAAUUCCUUCAUAGCAGGACCAACUGGGGAAAUUGUUAAAGCUGCUGACAGUACAGAGGAAGCUGUACUUGUUGCAAAGUUUGAUCUUGAUAAAAUCAAAUCAAAGAGACAUAGCUGGGAAGUAUUUCGUGAUCGGCGUCCAGACUUAUACAAGGUGCUUCUUACAUUGGAUGGAAACAAUCCCUCACUAUGAUUCAGAGCCCCAAAACAAGAUCCAUUGAAAAAGUUAUCCCCAACCAUCUAUAGCCGCCCAAUGCAUUGGGCUCCUUUUGUUAGCGACAUGACAAUAACUAGGAAAUAAUUAUUGAAUAUAAUCAAUGCCCUGAG